CCGCGGAAGCUCGGCCGUCGCGGCGCCCCUGCCUCGUUGACCGCCCGCUCCUUGCGCCCCCCGAAGCAGGCAGCAGAGUCGAGUCCUCGCCAUGCCGGCCCGGCGGCUACCGCUCCUGCUGCUGCUGGCGCUGCUGUGGCCCGGCCCCGGGAUUUUGGGCAGCCCCAGCACAGUGACACUUCCCGAGACCUUGUUGUUUGUGUCCACCCUGGAUGGAAGCUUGCAUGCGGUCAGCAAGAGGACAGGCUCCAUCAAAUGGACUUUAAAAGAAGAUCCAGUUCUGCAGGUUCCAACACACGUUGAAGAGCCUGCCUUUCUCCCGGAUCCCAAUGAUGGCAGCUUGUACACACUUGGAGGCAAGAAUAAUGAAGGGCUGACGAAACUUCCGUUUACCAUCCCAGAGUUGGUCCAGGCAUCUCCGUGCCGAAGCUCAGAUGGGAUCUUGUACAUGGGGAAGAAGCAGGACAUCUGGUACGUCGUGGACCUGUUGACCGGAGAGAAGCAGCAGACGCUCUCGUCGGCCUUCACGGACAGUCUCUGCCCCUCCACAUCGCUGCUGUACCUUGGGCGGACAGAGUACACCAUCACUAUGUAUGACACCAAGACUCGGGAGCUCCGCUGGAACGCCACCUACUUCGACUACGCUGCCUCAAGGCCCGAGGAAGACCUGGACUACCACAUGUCCCACUUUGUGUCCAACGGCGACGGGCUGGUGGUGACGGUGGACAGCGACUCGGGGGACGUGCUGUGGAUCCAGAACUACGCGUCCCCAGUGGUGGCCUUCUACGUGUGGCAGCGCGAGGGGCUUCGGAAGGUGCUGCAUGUCAACGUGGCGGUAGAGACGCUGCGCUACCUGACCUUCAUGUCGGGGGAGGUGGGCCGUAUCACCAAGUGGAAGUACCCCUUCCCCAAGGAGACCGAGGCCAAGAGCAAGCUGAUGCCGACGCUGUAUGUGGGGAAAUACUCUACCAGCCUCUACGCCUCCCCAUCCAUGGUGCAUGAGGGGGUCGCAGUGGUGCCCCGAGGCAGCACCCUUCCCUUGCUGGAAGGCCCCCAGACUGACGGGGUCACCGUAGGGGACAAAGGAGAAUGUGUGAUCACCCCCAGCACAGACCUCAAGUUCGACCCCGCGCUCAAAGGGAAACACAAGUUCAACAACUACCUCCGCAACUACUGGCUUCUCAUCGGGCACCAUGAGACACCGCUGUCUGCGUCCACCAAGAUGCUGGAGAGGUUCCCCAAUAACCUACCCAAACACCGGGAAAACGUGAUUCCUGCUGACUCGGAGACAAAGGCCUUCAAGGAUAUCAUCCACCUGGUUGACCAGGCUUCAGAGACAGCACCUACCACCAUGUCUCAGGAUGUGGAGGAGAAGUUUGCGCAUGCACCCGCCAAGCCCGAGGCCCCCGUGGACUCUGUGCUCAAGGACAUCGCCACCAUUGUGCUGAGCACCUUCCUCCUCAUCGGUUGGGUGGCCUUCAUCAUCACCUACCCGCUGAGCAUUCAGCAGCAGCGGCAUCUCCAGAAAAUCCAACUCCUGCACCACCACCAGCAGCUGCCCUUCCGCCCAUCGGGAGACGGGAUGCCGGGUGCUGAGCCCCUGGACUCCUCUGGCCUGUAUUCAGAAAGCUCGGCCACCAGCAGUCCCAGCACGUCGCCCCGUGCCUCCAACCACUCGCUGCCCUCCAGUGGCUCCACGUCCCGGGCAGGCCCUUUCCUGGAGCAGGAUGAGGAAGAUGGAGAAACCAGCGUGGUGAUGGUGGGGAAAAUCUCCUUCUGUCCCAAGGACGUGCUGGGCCACGGAGCGGAGGGCACCAUUGUGUACCGGGGCAUGUUUGACAGCCGUGCUGUGGCCGUCAAGAGGAUCCUCCCUGAGUGCUUCAGCUUUGCGGACCGAGAGGUGCAGCUGCUGCGGGAGUCGGACGAGCACCCCAAUGUCAUCCGCUACUUCUGCACAGAGCGUGACCGCCAGUUCCAGUACAUCGCCAUCGAACUAUGUGCGGCCACGCUGCAGGAGUAUGUGGAGCAGAAAGACUUUGCACACCUGGGCCUGGAACCCAUCGCCCUUCUGCAGCAGACCACAUCAGGCCUGGCACACCUGCACUCUCUCAACAUAGUCCACAGAGACCUGAAGCCCCACAACAUCCUCCUGUCUAUGCCCAACGCGCACGGCAGGAUCAAGGCCAUGAUCUCUGACUUUGGCCUCUGCAAGAAACUGGCUGUGGGCAGACAUAGCUUCAGCCGCUGCUCGGGGGUGCCUGGCACGGAGGGCUGGAUUGCACCCGAGAUGCUGAGCGAAGACUGCAAGGAAAACCCCACCUACACUGUGGACAUCUUCUCAGCAGGCUGCGUCUUCUACUACGUCAUUUCCGAGGGCAGCCACCCAUUCGGCAAGUCCCUGCAGCGGCAGGCCAACAUCCUCCUGGGCGCCUACAGCCUCGACUGCCUGCAGCCCGACAAGCAUGAAGACGUUGUGGCCCUGGAGCUGAUAGAGAAGAUGAUUGCCAUGGACCCUCAGAAACGGCCGUCAGCCAAGCACGUGCUGAAGCACCCCUUCUUCUGGAGCCUGGAAAAGCAGCUUCAGUUCUUCCAGGACGUGAGUGACCGGAUCGAGAAGGAAUCCCUGGACGGCGCCAUCGUGAAGCAGCUGGAGAGAGGCGGGCGGGCGGUGGUGAGGCUGGACUGGAGGGAGAACAUCACCGUCCCGCUCCAGACAGAUCUACGCAAAUUCAGAACCUAUAAAGGUGGCUCUGUCCGGGAUCUCCUCCGAGCCAUGAGAAAUAAGAAGCACCAUUACCGGGAGUUGCCGGCGGAGGUGCAGGAGACGCUGGGGUCCCUCCCCGAUGACUUCGUGCGCUAUUUCACGUCACGCUUCCCACACCUGCUCACGCACACCUACCGUGCCAUGGAGCUGUGCAACCACGAGCGGCCCUUCCAGCCCUACUACUACCACGAGCCCCCCGAGGCCCGGCCCCCCGUGACUCCUGACGCCCUCUGAACCUGGGCCUAUCUCAUGGUGGCUCCAGCAGUGACCGAGCAGGGGCCUGGCUUCCCCAGUGGCAAGACACCCGGAUGCUGGCUCCGGCCUGGGCCAGAGGCUCCUCUUGAUGGCGGUGCUCAUGGGAACUGACCAGACAUGGGCACAGAAGCUUCUUAGAAAGGCAGCACAGAGGAGGACCCUGUGCCUUCUCCUGGACAUACUCGCUGCUGAUGGGGGUCCCUCAGUUGAAGGCCCACACCGCCUUAUAGAAGAGAGGGGACAGACCCCAGUCCAACUUUCAUGACAGUACCAGGAGUAUCUGUCUCCGGCCCAUGGGGCUGAGACCCACCAGCUGUGGCCUCUGCUGCAUGUGAGCCUCAAAAGUGAGGGGUACCUGAAGGAUAGAUGGUGGAAUUUGGGGUUCCCCACUUCAGCUGGACCAGGUGUUGGUCCCUUGGGAAAGAGCCCCCGCCAUGGUUUUUAGUGAUUCUGUACUCUGGGUCCUUCAGGCUCUGCAAGAGACCUAUAAGGACAAAAGAUGACAGGUUUCUGGGCCUCCAAGAGGAGCUGAGAGUGGGCCAGCAGUGUGUAUAGAGGAGGAUAUGGGAUG